AUGUUCAAUUGUACAAUAGUUGAGUGUACAAUUUCCAACGUACAGAAGACAAUGCAGUCGAUAAAAAGAAGUACUCUAUUAACCGGAUUGCCAGUUUCAAAAAAUCCUCAUAUUAUUCUAACAUCACUUUACAAGCGUAUAAUCAAAGUGCUUGCUCUAAUGCCUGAAGAAUCCAGUUAUCGUAGGCACACAAACGAAAUAGUACAGUCCAGACUGAACGCUGUACAAAAAAUUUCGGAUAUUCCCACUCUUGAAUCUACCAUUGAUUGUGGUCAAAUUGAAGAAGUUAUCGUACAGGCCCAAAGAGAAUACGAUUUAGCUCGUAAUAUGCUCAAAUGGAAGCCUUGGGAACCGCUCAUUGAAGAAGCUCCUCGCGAUCAGUGGAAAUGGCCACUUUAA